AUGCCAGAUCUAUCCAACGUCAGAAGUGCAUCACAGUAUUAUCAAGCCCGUAUCUGUCUUUAUUUGCGCGGUGCCGCACCCACACAGGAAGUGACCAACGCAAAGCCCUUUUACCUUCCCGGAGGUGCUACAUGGUUCAUUACCGGCUGCCCAGAUGAUAUAGGCAAAGCACUCGCACAGCAUAUUGGCAGCAAGCCCUAUCAUCGCCUCGUCGCGACAGCCAGGAAUCCCAGCGAUAUCUCCUGCCUUCCGGACAACACUGCCAACAUCCUGAAGAUCACGCUCGACGUAACAUCUCCCAUUGCUCAAUUUGGCACCAUAGACGUGUUCAUUAACAACGCAGGCUACGCGCUCUCAGGUGACACCGAGUCCGCAAACGAAGCCGAAUGGCACGACGUUAUGGAGACCAACUUCUUCGGCACAGUGCGAACCACGACUGCUGUGCUCCUGCAUAUGCGCCACGGCAGCAGAGGCGGAUUGAUCAUAAACAUCUCUUCGUUGCUGGUGUGCUGGACUGAGUCUGUUACGAAGGAAGUUAGACAGGAGUGGGGAGUCUCGUUCUGCAUUGUCGAACCUUCAGCCGUCGAGACGAAUUUUGAGGAACACAGCAAAAACUUUACUGCGCAGCAUCCGGCGUACGCAGAUUCAAAGAUGCCGGCGAGGAUAUUGGAAAGGUACGUCGAUGCUGGUUUAAAGCCGGGCGCUGGUAUGAAGCCGGAGGAUGUUGCGACGGUAUUGUAUGAGACUGCGAGUAAGGGUGAGAAGGUGCCGUUGCAUUUGCCGUUAAGUAUGAAUGCUUUCGAUCUGAUCAAGGAGCACUUCGAGAGCAGAUUGAAGGCUUUGGAGGAGGUGAAGGAGGCAAGUGGGAGUUUGAGUUGA